UAAUUCCAAUGAACUUUUCCUUUUUGGUGGGAUCAUAUGCGUCAAUAAUUGUUAUUCCCAAGCACUUGAGCUUACAGCUUUAACGAGUUCGGUUGGAAGAAUUACACUGCUAAAACCCAUUACAACUGCUUAUCCUUCCAAGUUUAUUGCAUUUAGUUUUGAACAUACAUCCUAGGAUCAAGAGGAUAAACAUGGCAACAAAGAUUGUCCUUCAAGAUCUAGAUGGAAAUAAUUACGCAGACUGGAGAAUUUGGAUGAAGAACUAUUUGUUGGCAAAUGAUCUAUGGGAUGUUAUUGAAGCAAAUGAGAAACUGGAAGAGGAUGAAGCUGAAUUGAAGGCUUGGACAAGGAAAAAUGCUGCAGCUUUACAUGCAAUUCACGUUUCAUGUUCGUUGGAGGUAUUUUCUCACGUCAGAGAGAUUGAUUCUGCUAAGUCUUGCUGGGAAACUUUGGCUAUAAUGAAUGAGGUAAAGCCAGCUGUCAGACCUCCAGCAACAGAGGUCCGGCUGCCUACGGUUUCCAAUUUCAUCCUUUACGCAGAGGCUAUAGAGAAAAGGCGACUUGAAUUCCGUAAAAACCUUUCCCUUCAGGGCUUCACCCAGGACACAUUUACACAGAAAAAGUUUCAGGUUUUUGGUGAAACAAGCGCUUUCAUCUUGCGACAAAGGCUGGGAACAUUUAAAAGAUUGUGGAGUUUUUGGUGUGGAGUUAAUGUCAAGUAG